AUGGCCCAGACAUUUGGGAAUUUAAUGGCCCAGACAUUUGGGAAUUUAAUGGCCCUGACAUUUGGGAAUCUAAUGGCCCAGACAUUUGGGAAUCUAAUGGCCCAGACAUUUGGGAAUUUAAUGGCCCAGACAUUUGGGAAUCUAAUGGCCCAGACAUUUGGGAAUUUAAUGGCCCAGACAUUUGGGAAUUUAAUGGCCCUGACAUUUGGGAAUCUAAUGGCCCAGACAUUUGGGAAUCUAAUGGCCCAGACAUUUGGGAAUUUAAUGGCCCAGACAUUUGGGAAUCUAAUGCCCAGACAUUUGGGAAUUCUGAAUGCCCAGACAUUUGGGGAAUCUAAUGGCCCAGACAUUUGGGAAUUUAAUGGCCCUGACAUUUGGGGAUUGAAUGUCCCAGACAUUUGGGAAUUUAAUGGCCCAGACAUUUGGGAAUCUAAUGGCCCAGACAUUUGGGAAUUUAAUGGCCCAGACAUUUGGGAAUCUAAUGGCCCAGACAUUUGGGAAUUUAAUGGCCCAGACAUUUGGGGAUUGAAUGGCCCAGACAUUUGGGAAUCUAAUGGGCCGGACAUUUGGGAAUCUAAUAGUUUGGGAAUUUAA